AUGAAAGAACCACCUACCAACCAGCGGACCUCUGGGCGGGUCGAAAGUGACGAUGCACCCGAAUCUGUGGUCGUUGACACCGCACAAGCCGAACAGAUGACCAAGUCGGCUUUGAAACUCGCUCGUGAAAAGCUCGCGGAUAUGAAGCGCUUCUGGGUCGCGGAGCUUCUCCUUGGUAACAAGCCAACCCCCAUCACCUUUAUCCACGAAUCGGACUACCGCAUCAACUUCGACUAUGGCCACUACCGAGUUCCUCUGUGGAAUUCCAAGAUCCAAAUCUACUGCGUCAAAGAGGAGUUACGCAUCCCGGACGCCAAUCCCAUUAUCGGGUACUAUAGGUACAACGCAGACAAGGAGCGCCAGCAGAAGCUUGAAGUUCCACCUGGCCCAAAAGGCAUCACGAAUGACCCUUUUCAACGCAUCUGCGACAUUAGAUAUCGCCAAGCAACCCCCGCAGAUUGGCGACACGACCCAUACCUUGUUGGCCUCCUGCUGAGUUUAGCACAACUCCAGGAUCGCAUGGCCCUCGCCCCUCCCGAGGGAACGUUCCUGGCACGCCUCCUCGUUACGAAUAUGACCGAUCUGACCAAUGCAUACGUCUACAAGGCGGAUAUCCCACACCAGCUUCUCGAUAGUCUGGAUGUCCCUACCCGCACCAUCGAGGACUUUGUCUUUCCGUCGAUCGAUUACGUGGUGGUGCCAUUCGAACCCUACUCGACCUUUGCGGAUCGCGUUCGGGUCCAGCUGGCUGGCGCGGAGUACUUUUCACCUCCUGGCCCAGGUCCAUCUGAUCAGGUGUCGCCUUCGGAACCGCAUGGCGAGAAGCGAAAGCGCGACCAGGAGUGA